AUGGAGCAGCUUCUACAAGCACAAACCAAUGUCUACCUAGCGGAUACAAGUCACAAUGUUGGCGACGUGUGGUUGCCCGUGGUUGAUGGAGACUUCCUCCCAGCGCCGCCAUCUGAUAUGAUCACUACAGGACGCUUUAACAACAUCUCCGUGAUCACGGGCUGGUGCGAGGAUGAUACAGCCAUCUUCCUGGACCCAGCUCCAAGUAGUGCCACCGAUGUCUACGAUGUCUUCCGAGGUUUUUUACCAGGCUUCUCACAAGGCAACCUCCACGGGCUCCUCGGGCUGUAUCCAGUCACUGACUUCCGCACGGAACCCUUCGCGAACGGCACGAUAAAACAUGACGCUCAGUUCUAUAGAGCAGCUCGUAUCCUUCGCGACAGCGGACUGACAAGUCAGCCCUUCUUCUCUGGACGAGCGUUGGCGAAAGCUGGCAAUAACUUCUAUUAUUACACGCAACACCAAACAAUACUCACACCGAUACUGGAAGACGACGGCUUUUACGGUCUAGGAGUGAUCCAUACUUCUGAAGUCGCGUAUAUGUUCGGCAACUUCAGCCACUACGACAUCUAUGACUUUCACAUUGAGCCGACGCCGGCUGAUUAUGCAUUGCAAAGGAGGGAGAGCCGAUCGUGGAGCUCCUUUGCGGCGCUUGGUCGUCUAUCCAUUCCAGGCAAGAAUACACUCCAAGAAUGGGAGACUGCUGAUUCUGACGACCAGAAUCUCGGGGUCUAUGUCAUAGGUGGUCCAGAUGAGGGUUAUGCUGGCCCAGAUGGAAGUGACUCGGCGCGAGCUGUUAUGCUGCAGGAGAAACUGCGAGAGCGGUGUGCUUUCCUGAACUCGCUGGAGGUGAUUGAGCAGAUUGGCUACUAG